AUGACUGGUGUCGAUCGCUUGCAUAGCUCCGGCAUCAAGGGUAAGGGAGUUAAGAUUGGUAUCUUGGAUACGGGUGUUGACUACUAUCAUCCUGCUCUUGGCGGUUGCUUCGGUCCCGGUUGCAAGAUCUCUUUUGGAUACGACUUGGUUGGUGACGACUACAAUGGUUAUAACACUCCUGUACCUGAUGAUGAUCCUUUGGCUACCUGUUCCACCGGAGGUCACGGAACCCACGUCACUGGAAUUAUCGGAAUGGAGGUUCCAGACGACUAUCCACUGUUCAAUGGGCUGGUCGGUGUCGCUCCUGAGGCUAGCAUUGGAAUGUACCGCGUCUUGGGCUGUAGCGGUGGCGUAGGCACCGAUGUCCUUGUUGCUGGUAUGGUGCGUGCUGCUGAUGAUGGCGUGGAUGUCAUCAGCAUUUCCAUAGGCGGAGCCAUCGAUUUCGACGCCAUUCAGGGAAAUGUCACUGGAAGUAAGGAGGACUACGUCGUUAUUGUAAAGCGUGGGCUUUGCGGACUUGCCUUGAUCCAGUCAAAUGCUGCUGCUGCUGGGUUCCGCAAUGUUUUGACGUACCCGGACAAGGAUGUUCUUGGCAAUCCUUUUCUUCAAGGCUAUGCCGCAGCUAUCCCUGUCACCGAUGACAACGGCGUCCCCUUAAAUUUCGGCACUACAACAAACAACAAGAUCUACGUGGGAGCAAAGAAGUCAACAGAUUAUUCUGUGAGGUUCACUGAUGCCACUCCGGAAUUAGUGAGGCAAUCUUGGGGUGGACAGAUGAAUAACUUCAGCAGCGCAGCAAAGAUGUAG